AUGGCUUUAGAGAAUGAAUCCGCAUUUGUCCCCGCGUUGAUCGUGGUGGACAUGCAAGAGGACUUCUGUCCGCCGAACGGUUCCCUCGCCGUUGAAGGCGGCCGCACAAUCGCCCCAUUAAUCGUCAAACUCCUCAACCUCCCCGCCUUCGUCAUACGCAUCGGAACCCAAGACUGGCACCCAGCAGACCAUAUCUCCUUCGCCUCCAACCACCCAUCUCCAAACAACAAACCCUUCGAAUCAUACAUAGGCAUGAACAACCCUGCCCCCGGAAGAGAACACGAAACUAAACGUCAACGUCUCUGGCCAAUUCACUGCGUCGCCUCUACAAAGGGGGCAGAAAUCAUCGCCGAAAUCGCAUCAACCAACAAACUAGACAUCCUUGCCAAGAAGGGAAUGGACACAAGGGUAGAAAUGUACUCCGUCUUCAGCGACGCGUUUCAAAACAUGGAUCCUUCAAUGCACCUUAAAUCGGUGGAUGUAGGAGUCGCCGCAACCCUGAAGCAGUACAAUGUCACGGAUGUCUUUGUCGUGGGUCUUGCGGGCGAUUACUGCGUUAAAUAUACAGCUAUUGAUGCCGCGAGGGCCGGGUUUAGGAGUUAUGUGGUUGAGGAUGCCGUCAGAUCGGUUGAUCCGGGGGAAGGGUGGGCGCAGGCGUUAAAGGAGUUUGGGGAGGGUGGGGUUCAGGUUGUGAGGAGUGAUGGGCCAGAACUUGGGAGGGUGAGGGCUUAA